CGUCUGCUAUUUGUUCAGAGAAUAUGAUAAAUUUGAAAUCGGUUCUCACAAUUUUUACUUUAGUGGCCGCAAUUUCAGUCAACUUCACGCUCGGUAGGAUACAUAAAAGUCAUCCACAACCUCGCAUAUAUAGCGGUCGUUCGGCAGCGCAAGGACAGUUCCCUUAUCAGGUAUUGUUGAAUAUCGAAGAUGACAGGAUCGAGUAUAUUAUAUACGCCUGUGGGGGAUCAAUAAUAUCGCGAGAUCACAUUUUGACUGCAGCGCAUUGUGUCGAACACGUUGUCGAAAUGCCUGAGCUUAUAAGCGUGUAUGCUGGUACAAUAUAUUACAUUACCGGUGGUGUUGAAAAGCGGGUAUCUUUGGUGACAAUACAUCCAGCAUAUGGUGGAAAUAAUAAUGACAUAGCUAUAUUAAAACUGAAUAGUGCAUUAGAGUUUAACGAUGUCAUCAAUUCCAUACCAUUAGCUAAAAAGAAUAUACCCGACGGUGCACAAGUUAUCGUGAGUGGCUGGGGUCACGUGAGCAGUACUAAGGCUUCAUAUGUGCUUCAAUACGACACCGAAUAUUCGAUAAGUCAUGCACAAUGUCUGAGGCGAUUGGAUAGAUUAGGAAGCGCAAUGAGGUGUAUGAGGAGACCGCUUGGUCAUGGCGUUUGUAGUGGUGAUUCUGGUGGUCCGGCGGUUCAUAACGGUGAACUUAUAGGAGUGAAUUCAUAUGUCAUAAAUGAUUGUGGGCUCGGAUUUCCCGAUGUUUUCACUGAUGUGGUUGCAACAAGAGGAUGGAUAAUAAAAAAUAUGAAGUAAUACAAUGCAAAUAUUCUUGUUGGAAAAUAGUUAAUAAAAAUGUGGAUUGAAGGUUUUCAA